GAACGCGGAAGUGGAUGAUGAUGAUGUGCCGCCACACGCAGCUGCUGGCGGGGACAAACUACUCCUCUUCACUUCGCUGCCUGCGCGUCCCGAGCGAACAUUUGGAUUAAAAACCACGUUUUAAGACGGACGACGGUAUCUAUUUUCCACUGUCGCUCGGUGGUCCGCACGGAGGGACGCUGUUCGUGAUGCGCCUGUGAUACGGCUGUCUGCUUUUUUCCGAUACCGUCCGACUUACAGGGUAUCCAAGCCCGGCGUUGCAGUUGAAAACCAUCAUGCCCGUUGCUGUGGCGUCGGGACAGGAAGCGAGUGUGUGAUUCCUCCCUGGUCGGUUGUGCUGGGAUGAACAUGCCACUGCAUCAAAUCUCUGUCAUCCCCCGCGAUGUCACCUCGUCGCGGGUGUCUGGCAGCGGAAAAUCCAAGGACAAGGACAAGCAGAAUGAAAAACCUCUCGGUCAUUCAGCAAGCAGAUCCAGCAAUAUAUCAAAGGCGGGAAGUCCGACCUCCGUGAACGCUCCAUGUAGCUUCUCAAGAACGUCUGUCUCCCCCUCCAGCCAGGACAUCUGCAGCAGUCCCGAUCAAGAGUGCCAGAAGCAGACCACCGUUGUUCUCUUGGCCCCUAACGGUAAAAACUCUGAAGGUUCUGGAGCUGUCACAGUGACCACCGUCUGCACAGACUCUCCGCCCGCCCCCAAGCAACGAGACUGGCUCUCACUUCUGCGCCCAACCUCGGUCAACAUUCGCCCUUACGGUUCGCUGCGCUUCUCGGUGUCGCUCAAUGACGUGGGCCAGCGUGUGGACAGCCUGUAUCGUGGUCUACACUUUAUCGAUCGCACCUGCUCCGAGGGGGAGCUGGAGCUGAAGCCCACGCCCGCCCAGCCUGGGGACUCCGAUCCGAGGGCGGCGGACGCUCUAAUAAAAGGAACACAGAGCACGGACAUCUUAACACAGCCCCACCUGGUCCCCUCUUUUACCAACAACUACAAAUACAUGUUGGGCCUCCCCCUUAAUAACCACCAACCUACACCCGUCCUUCAUGCUCCUCCCCUUCCUCCGCCCCCUCAACAACCCCAUCACCCUCCAAGCUCCAACUUCCUCCGUCUGCUCCUCCCAUUCUCCCGAUCCUCCACCUCGGCUAGCCUGCAGUGUUCCGAGCUGGACGGCUACGUUUCUCACCAUCGCGUCAACAAGUCCUCCAGCGCCAUCUUGGAAGGCAGCGAGUUGGAGUUUGCGCCCGAGGAGCUACUGCCGGACGAGGUGCUGGCGGGGAACCGGUGCACCCGGUCUCCACGGGCGACGAGCACGGCGGAUAAGACCGCCGCUGAUCUGGCCCCCCUGUGCUACAUGGAUGAGGACAGCGACCUGGACCGCUGCCCAUCUCCUUUGUCAGGGAAAACUGAACCCCAGUCCCCCUAUUCGCUGUCUGGCGACUGCUGCAGGAUCUGUCACUGCGAAGGCGACGACGAGAGUCCUCUGAUCACGCCGUGUCACUGCACGGGCAGCCUGCGCUUUGUGCACCAGUCAUGUCUGCAGCAGUGGAUCAAGAGCUCCGACACCCGCUGCUGUGAGCUCUGCAAGUACGAGUUUAUCAUGGAGACCAAGCUGAAGCCUCUACGCAAGUGGGAGAAGCUUCAGAUGACAGCGAGCGAGAGGAGGAAGAUCAUGUGCUCGGUCACCUUCCACGUCAUCGCCAUCACAUGCGUGGUUUGGUCGCUCUACGUGCUCAUCGACAGGACGGCGGAUGAAAUCAAACAAGCCCGGAGUAUCCCAGGCAUCAUGGAGUGGCCCUUCUGGACCAAACUGGUGGUGGUGGCCAUCGGCUUCACGGGCGGACUGGUGUUCAUGUACGUGCAGUGCAAAGUCUACAUCCACCUAUGGAGGAGACUCAAGGCCUACAACCGCGUCAUCUACGUCCAGAACCGUCCGGACUCGUGUAAAAAACUGGCGCUGGAGAAGCCCCCCCUCUUGGAGCCCGGCGUGGACAGCAAGGAGACCGUGGCCCCCGCCCUGUCGGAGACAAACUCCUCCCACUAUACGGAGACGGACGACUACAGUAUGGAGGUGCUCCAUGUGUGAGCUUGACGUCCUGGGAACACACGUGGACUUUUUUUCAUGAGUCCUAGUCCUGGACCAGACAUCUUUAGCCCCGCCCACCCACCUGACACACAAACUAAGCUGCAUCGACGCACUUUUCUUUUCUUUAGCUUGCAAAAAAGCCUCUUUUCUUCGUCGUCUCACUCGGACGGGCUUUUAUUUCCCCCCCCAAAAUCUCACGGACGACGCUGGAAGGAGAAGCUUUUCAACAUGAAUUCACAAUUUUGUUUGUGUUUUAUGGGGCUCAAGCACAUGAGGUCUUGCACAUGUGGACGAAAUCCACGUAUUUAUUCAACCCAACACACACUUUCUGAAGGCUUUGAGAAUGUGACAAAUACUUUUUACCGUUAUCAAGACGUUACUCCUGACAUGACGACAAAGUAUCACCUGCAGGAUAUUUUUACAGCUGUAAAAAAAUAAAAAUAAAAACAUAAUUCCACACUGGCACAGCCUUAACAAAUACAGUUUGGCAAAAAAGUAUCGAUUGUGCACGUUCUCCCACUUAAAAUGAUGACGGAGGUCUUUAAUUUUCAUCAUAGGUACACUUCAACUGUGAGAGACAGAAUGUGAAGAAAAAAAAUCCAGGAAUUCACAUUGUAGGAAUUUAUUCAUAAAUGAUGGUGGAAAAUAAGUAUUUGGUCAACCAUUCAAAGCUCUCACUGAUGGAAGGAGGUUUUGGCUCAAAAUCUCACGAUACAUGGCCCCAUUCAUUCUUUCCUUAACACGGAUCAAUCGUCCUGUCCCCUUAGCAGAAAAACAGCCCCAAAGCAUGAUGUUUCCACCCCCAUGCUUCACAGUAGGUAUGGUGUUCUUGGGAUGCAACUCAGUAUUCUUCUUCCUCCAAACACGACGAGUUGAGUUUAUACCAAAAAGUUCUAUUUUGGUUUCAUCUGACCACAUGACAUUCUCCCAAUCCUCUGCUGUAUCAUCCAUGUAUCCAUUUUGGUAUAAACUCAACUGGUCGUGUUUGGAGGAAGAAGAAUACUGAGUUGCAUCCCAAGAACACCAUACCUACUGUGAAGCAUGGGGGUGGAAACAUCAUGCUUUGGCUGUUUUUCUGCUAAAGGGACAGGACGAUUGAUCCGUGUUAAGGAAGGAAAGAAUGAAUGGGGCCAUGUAUCGUGAGAUUUUGAGCCAAAACAGCUUUGAAUGGUUGACCAAAUACUUAUUUUCAACCAUGAUUUACAAAUAAAUUCUUUAAAAUUCCUACAAUGUGAAUUCCUGGAUUUUUUUCCCCACAUUCUGUCUCUCACAGUUGAAGUGUUUAUGAUGAAAAUUACAGACCUCUGUCAUCAUUUUAAGUGGGAAAACUUGCACAAUCGGUGGCAGACUAAAUACUUUUUUGCCCCACUGAACAUGUAGAAUAAAUAGAUGAUCAUACAACAAUAAUGUCUAUUUUUUCUAUUCAGUUUGCGUUUUUAGAAUACGACACACUAAACGCAAACAAAGCCCCUUUUUUAAAAAGUUGGAGUUCACACCUGGCAGCGCCCUCAGGUGGUGGGAGGCUGGAGGUGCACGAAGGCAGUGUUCGAUUUCCUCUCUUCCAACUAACUCCCAAGUCUUGUUAACUCCAGAGGCAAACUUCCCAAGCAUUCCGGUAACAUUUUGAAAAUGCUCCUUUUUUGGGGGGGGGGGGAGCAACAUGCUUGGGAAACACUGCUCAGCAGCAAUAAAUCAGAUCAGAGCUUUUCUUUGUCGUUUCAGCCGCACGAAAACUGUUGUUUUUGUGUGGAUGUCACAUCUCAUGGUGGUGGAAUUUCAUUUCAUUUUCAGCUGAAGGUUGAUUGUUUGUUUUUUUCUUGGCUUUUAUUCCUUGGAGUCGUUUAUCUGAAUCUUCUUUGGAGGCUCAGUGCAAUUAUUCUUUUUUGAAGUGCAAUUACCCUUCUUGUUGUUGAUCUCGUCUUUACUGUGUUUAUUGGGUCAAUGUUUGUUUGUGUUGUAUUUAUUUCCACCGAUGUUCUCAGUCUUCUCCCUUCUUUUUUUUCCCUAGAAGUAAUUUUAUGCAUCUUACAUUUCCCCCCCUCCCCAAUGCCCAAUUGUCGUUUUUUUGGAUGGUUUAAUAAACACUGUUUUAACAUGGACACUCAAGUAAAUGUUUUCAUGCUUGAAAAAUGGUAGAAUGUGCUUUUUUUUUUUUUUUUUUUAAAGGGGAGCUGGCUCCUUCAUUCAGUCUUGAGACUCCAUCUUCCUUUUCGGACAUGCCUAAACGUGAAAGCUUUUUUCUCGGCGUCUUUUUACGUGUACUUUGCUGCUUGAACUUGUCAUGUCUGUGCAGGGGAGGACAAAAAUGUAACUUGCAUAUAACGGCUACAUUUGUUUACUACUGACUGGACUUGAACAUUUCUAAUGACUGUUUCCGUGACCAUGAUAUCAUUCCACAAGUUUUGGUUAUUUUUCUGUGAACUUUAUUUUGGAAUAGUGAGGAAAAACUCAAAAUGUAAAAAAAAAACAAGUCCUGUUUUUAAGAUAAACUCUUGAUGUGUUUCUUGUUAUUAUGUUUGAACAAAGUAUGUAGAAUUUAAAUGACCAACCAAAUAAAAAUCAGUGCUUUUACAA